UCGCCGCCGCCCAGCAGCUGAGGCGGGGCCAGAGCGAUUAAAGGGGGCACGCGGGAGGGGAGGUCACGGAGGCUCCGCGGGAGCCAUGGCUGCCUUCCUGCAGCUGAGGGGCGACGCGAAGAUGCCUGUCGUGGGGCUGGGCACCUGGCAGGCUCCUCCAGGAAAGGUGGCAGAGGCAGUGAAGUUUGCUAUUGACGUUGGAUACCGCCACUUCGACUGUGCUUACUUGUACAAGAAUGAGAGUGAGAUCGGGGAUGGGAUCCAGCAAAAAAUCAAGGAAGGAGCUGUGAAACGGGAGGACCUUUUUAUUGUCAGUAAGCUGUGGUGCACAUUUCAUGAGAGAUCUCUUGUCAAGGGAUCAUGCCAGAAAACCCUAGCUGACCUGAAACUGGAUUACCUGGACCUCUACCUUAUCCACUUUCCUAUGGGUUUCAAGGCUGGUGAGGAGAAUCAUCCAAAGGAUGACAAAGGUAUGGUUAUCCCCAGUAACACAGAUAUUCUGGACACAUGGGAGGCUAUGGAAGAGUUGGUGGAUGCAGGUCUGGUGAAAACCAUUGGGAUCUCCAACUUCAACCAUGAACAGAUUGAAAGAAUCUUGAACAAGCCUGGGUUAAAAUAUAAGCCUGUAAAUAACCAGAUUGAAUGUCAUCCAUAUCUCACCCAGGAAAAGCUGAUUAAGUAUUGUCAAUCCAAAGGAAUCGCUGUGACUGCAUACAGUCCCCUUGGCUCCCCUAGUAGACCAUGGGCCAAACCAAAGGACCCUACUCUUCUGGAAGAUCCCAAGAUUAAAGAGAUUGCAGUUAAACACAACAAAACUUCUGCUCAGGUUUUGAUCCGAUUUCACAUUCAGAGGAAUGUGGCUGUCAUUCCAAAGUCGGACAAACCACAUCGUAUUGAGGAGAACUUCAAGGUGUUUGACUUUGAACUGACUCAAGAGGAGAUGGAAUCAAUCCUCAGCUUCAACAGGAACUGGAGAGUUGUUACUGUGCUCCCAGUUUUAUUUACAGAUCCGGAAUUCAGAGUGCGUGGUGAAGAGAAGCCCCAAGAAAGAUAACAUCAACGGAGGAAGUGAGGGCCUAACGCGCGACUUCGCCAUGACGCCCACUGAAGCCCUGAUCGUGCAGUUUUUCAUUAUGGAUCUGAUCAUGUGUAUAUGUAUUUGUGUUGGUUAUUAUUUGGUUCGAUCCCUAGAGGACGAACUUCUUAUGUUAGUAGAUUUUGUGUUUACCCGUUUACUUCGACGACCCGUGGUAAGAGCUCUUGAUAACCCGAGUGAUGAGCGUGCAGCAUAAUUCAGCUAUGCCUUCAGCAAGGGGGGAUGUCACAACCCAAGGGUGUGAUUUUUGUUUGUGUGUGCUUCGGCACUGCUGAAUUAUUUCCCGCCACUUGUAGCUUUCUUUGCAGGGUGCAUUUCUUCAUUGCAACAGAGAAAUGCACGUUGCAAGGAGUUCCCGCCAUUUAUAUUCAGAUUUGUGCCCCACUAUUGGCCAGUUCUAAAUUAUUCCUACGUGGCGACUAGCGAUUGGCUUGCUAGCCGUAUAAGAGGCUUGAGUGGUUUCCGCCCAAGUUGGAGGACUCCACGACUAUCAGGAGGAAGAGAACUUCACGUCUCGUGAAGAUCUCUAAGUGCUGCGGAGCCUAUCGGACCCAGCGUGUAUUUCAAGAAGGCUAUAGGGGUCUGAUCAGCCUCUCGCCUCUCCCUGUCGCUGCCUGAUCCCUCGACGUACCCUUCCCUGUGCGCAAAGUUCCACGGAGCCUAGCAAACUUCGUGUGAGUGAAUCCAGAGCUCUACCUGGGGUUCGAGUCCUGCAGUUUUUUUCUUCCCGUCGCCGAAACCCCAUUGCAACGUACUCCUGAGGUUUUUGUUCAUCUCCCGUCGCCGAAACCCCAUUGCGACGUACCCUUACGUUCUGCAGGUUCGAGUUUUUUGUUCUGUUUUGUAACCGCAACUCAAGCAAGUUUUCCUGCCUGCACCGCGACCAUCUUCGGUGUAAGUAAAAUAAUCUUAAAUCAA